UUCAACAAAGACUUUGUUCUUUUCCCUCUUCUCCCAUGUCGACUUCUCCGUUCUCAAUCCUAAUCCAAUUCCCUCCAAUUCAUGUGACCUUCAAUUCCAAAUUCGCAAACCCAGAAACGGGUAGAGAGAGAGAUGAACAUUGAGGCUAGAGUCGGUGCGGCGGUGGAUGGAGCUCUUAAUCCUUCCACCGCCGUUCAUAGCAGCGUCGUGGAUGCCGGAACCUUGAGUUUACCACAGAAACAGCCGCAGUCGCAUUUCGGCACCGUUGAGAAUCUUCUCGCCGGAGGUAUCGCCGGCGCCUUCAGCAAGACGUGUACCGCUCCUCUAGCUCGCCUCACCAUCUUGUUUCAGCUGCAAGGCAUGCAGUCAGAAGCUGCAGUGUUGGGCAAGCCAAGUUUGUGGCGUGAAGCUUCCCGUAUUCUCAAUGAGGAAGGUUUUAGAGCCUUUUGGAAAGGGAAUCUUGUUACCGUAGCCCACAGGCUUCCUUACUCUGCGUUGAACUUCUAUGCAUAUGAGAAAUACAAUAAGUUUUUGUAUUCGAAUCCAGUGUUACAGAGUUAUUUAGGGAAUGCGAGAAGCAGCCCGUUUGUGCACUUUGUUAGUGGUGGCUUGGCUGGAAUAACAGCUGCCUCAGCUACAUAUCCUCUCGAUCUUGUUAGGACGCGUCUUGCUGCACAGAGAAAUGCAAUGUAUUACCAGGGUAUUGGGCAUGCUUUCCGUACCAUAUGCAGAGAAGAGGGGUUUUUGGGUCUGUAUAAAGGACUUGGUGCUACCAUGUUGGGUGUUGGGCCAACCCUUGCAAUCAACUUUGCUUCGUAUGAGUCUCUGAAAUCAUUUUGGCUAUCUCAUAGGCCAGAUGACUCAACAUUGAUUAUUAGUCUAGGUUGUGGAAGUCUUGCUGGAGUUGCUUCUUCAACAGCUACGUUCCCAUUGGAUCUUGUGAGAAGAAGAAUGCAAGUAGAAGGAGCUGGUGGAAGAGCGAGGGUGUACAAGACAGGACUCUUCGGGACAUUCAAACACAUAUUCAAGUCAGAAGGAAUCAGAGGACUGUACAGAGGAUUACUGCCUGAAUACUUCAAAGUGGUUCCUGGCGUUGGCAUCACCUUCAUGGUAUACGAGAGUUUGAAGAUGCUCUUAUGUCCUCCUGCUCCUUAGAACAUUUUUAGUUGCUCUAGCUUAGGAGAAGAAAGGAACAACAUUAAAAUUCAAAUGCAUCAUCAUUUACAUUGAUUUUUUCCCACUAUAUGACAUUACAGUUUUGUAUUGUUCUUGUUUGACAAAUGUCUCUGUUUCUUGAUCAAAAAUCAUUUU